UGUGAGACUUUUAAGCAACUUCCGGUUCCGCCUCUGUGUGGUGGGUCAAAUGUGAGAAGAGAAUCCGUGUGAAAAUGGAAGGGGAUGCAGCUUCUCCAAACAUAUUGGGGGAAAGUAAAGCUGGAUAUAUCCUGAGUAAUGUUGCCGAGGUCGUGGAGAGGAUUUUGACAUUUGUGCCGACUAAAAAUCUCCUCCGGAUAGCAAGUGUGUGUAGGCUAUGGAGGAAUUGUGCACGCAGAGUCUUGAGGACACAGCAGAGACUGACCUGGCUCUCUGCCUCUGGCUCAUCCAUAUACGAGGAGCAUGUUUUGCUUAAAACUAUGGCAGAAGACUUGGAGAAGGUCUAUCUACUGCCCCAGACAGCUCUCCUAAUGGUGAAUGGAGAAAACUUCAAUUGGCCUUUUAGUUACAGACAGAAAAAGGCCAGGAAGUGUGAGAAUGAAGUGGCGUCUGAUCCUGUCGAGAAGCUGAGACGCUUACUGCCUAGCACUUGUGAUGUAGUAGGAAUUGUUGCAUCAGGAAUUGUUGUGACCCCCAGUGGUUCACCCAGCAGCCCCCCAGAAGAGCACGAAGAGGGUGAAGCUGGCUUCAGUCUGCUUUUCCCUGCCAUGGAUGGGGUCACCAUCCGGCCUUUUCACUUCUGCAAAAAGAGCCUCAGUGAAUCGGCAAUGGAGGAAGCAGGGUUGAUUAAUAACCCUGAUCUAAAGGUGGUGCUAAUGUUUGACUACGAGACCUGGAAAGCUGGAGGGGGGUGCUUUCUUAACAAGCUGCUGGAACCUCUUUCUCAAAAUAAUGUACUUAUUGUUGGAGGACAAGUUGAGAGGGCCUUUUCCAAUAACACAACCUGCUGUUCUCUAGGCUCUUUUGGUGCAGUAGGACUGACCUUCAGUGGCUCCAAGAUCCAGGGUGCCUCAGUGCUGGUGGACCAGGAUGUAAGCAGCCCAAAAGCAGCAGAGGCCACUAUCCAGCGGCUGAAGGCUGCUAAUAUCCCAGAGAGAAACACCAUGGGCUUCAUGUUUGCCUGUGUGGGUCGCGGCCACAAAAGCUAUAAUAGCCAGCGCAACGUGGAGGCCACUGCUUUCCGCAAGAUCUUCUCCAACAUUCCGCUCUUGGGAUUCUUUGGCAAUGGGGAGAUCGGCUGCGACCGUAUUGUCAAAGAGAGCUACACAUUGAGCGAGACAGAUUCUGAUGGACUACAGCACUCUUUUACUACAGUCAUGAGUCUGGUGCAUUUUGGCUAACACGAACUCAAAACUGAGACUGCAAAUGUCUAGGAAUCCCCUUAUUAACUUGAUCUUUGAAGACAGACACCAGCUGCUUGUUUAAGUUAACAGAGCAGGUCUGAUGGUGAUCAGGUAUAAUUCUCCUAGGUUCUUUCCUUUUGACUUUUUUUCCUUAAAUCAGGAUGUCAGGAGGAUAUUUGACAUCAAAAAACAUUUAGGGACUUGAACUCUGCCUGCAGGUACAAUUUUGAGAGCAAGCUAAUUCUGAUGUCUGAAAACACUGAAGUGUCCUCUUACACCUUGUUUGGGAAGGUCAUUACUUAUAGAACGGUUCUGAAGAAAGAUUAGGAUUUAGUUUGAAUGGCAUGGUGCUAAACCUUGACCUUUGACUUUGACCUUUUUUUUUUUUUUUUAUGUGUAGAGCAGAACUGAAAUCUGUCAAACGAUCAGGCCUUAUAUACAAAUAGUUUGAAAAAUUCAGGCACUUUUUAGCUAAUUGUGAUGGAAUGGCUAAUGAUAUAGCCGUUCAUCAACCUUGGUACGGCUUAUGGGCCUUUGGCGGGAAUUCCACUAUCUUCACUUCUGAUUUUACACAUAAAUAUGUGCUCCAGAUUGAUUGCUGACCUAGAUUGACUGUCCAAAUUGUCAUGUCCAGUAGCAAGUGCUACAAAACUGCAGGAAGAGUAUUCACAACGAAAGAAAGAAAGAAAAAAAGAAAGAAUAGCUGUUAGCUAUUUAGCGCAACAACUGACUUGCUAGCAGUUCUUAGUGUCUGUAUUGGAAUAAUAAAGGAUAGAAGUGGAAAAAGUGGAAUUUCUUUGUAAUAUUUCAGUGUAUUUACGCUGCCUGUCCCAAUCAAAAUCCUGUAAAAAUCCAGUUUCAGGGUAAUCCUCUAUUUCUGUAUUCAUCAGUUCAGUUGAGUUUUUAAAGGUUAAUCAUUUAUUCUGUGCACUAGCUAAAUAACACAUUGUGUUGUCCACAGAUAAGUGAAGUUUCAAAGGGCUAUUUGCCUGCAUUGUGGAGAUAUACAGUAUAUUUGCUGCAGUAUUUAGAAGGUUGAUUUAAACUGUUGUUGCCAAAUAUUUUUUCCCAACUUUCUUAAGAUCAUAUAGAUAAUACUUGGCUUUGCAUUAAGGAAAGUAAGUUUUACUACUGUCAUGUUUUUUUUUAUGACGGUGUAUUGUUUUUUCUUCAUCUGCACCUGCUGCUGAGUCGUGCAGUUAUUGGCCCAUUAUGUCUGCAUGUAUAUAAUAAAAUCAAUGAUGUCACUAACUGUUGGUUAGUGUGAUGCAGUCCAUACCCGUUUUUUAGUAAGGUGUACAUGCGCAGAAGUAAACUACCGGUAUAUGACAUGGAAAAUGUAACUUUUGUGUUCCUAUUUAUUCCAACAGCAAAAUAAAAAAUCAACUAGGCCUAUU